AUGUUGUUCCUUGAUCCGCUGAUCAGUGAUCGGCACGUCCUAACAGCUGAGCACUGUUUGGAAGACGACGUCGGGGGUCUACUCGAUUACAACGAUCGCGACCUCUUUGUACUUGCUGGUACGCACGAUUUGUUACAGGGCGGCAGAAGAGUCGAAAUCGGUUCCUGGAUCACUUACAAAGAGUGGGCCCUGAAAUAUGGCAAAGAACUUCUGAGGUACAUAUCGGAGGAAUACGAUGUGGCGGUUUUGAAGCUGAGCAGCCCAGUGAGAGGCAUAAAGCCAGGCACUUUGUCAGCUCUGACGGAAGAACAGAUAGCGGGCACCGAGACCAUAUUGGCCGGCUGGGGUGCGAUAAAUACAAAUCGUGUACCAAGGAUCAUGCAAACUAGCCGAGUAACCGUCGCAUCGAGCAAAAAGUGUCAGAACAAUUUUCACGUAUUUAAUCCAAAAGCAAAGCUGUUCGAUCACGUGUUCAUCGACAAGCUCGAAAUCGUCGCGGUCAACAUGGCCACCUGGCCAAGAAAGAAAAUCCUCUGA